CAGAAAGAACAGUCAAAAUGCAGGCAGGGCACAGGACAAAGCAUUUUUAAAAAAAAAAAAAAAAAAAAAAGUCUUUUUAAGUUUUCAAAUUUGCCGCCGGUUCUGGCCCCCGUACGUCCCGAUGUCACAGGGACCAGAACACGGAAGCCAGAUCCUGGCAUCGGCCGGAGGAGAUGGCCGGGGACGCUGCAGGGGACGCAUCGUGGGAGCAAAGGACAAGGUAAGGGCUGUAGGUCCCAGAAAGCUGUGGGAGCAGGU